AUGGUUUAUAAGUACAUGGUUUGUGUGGAUGGAUCAGAUGUGAAUGAUAGAGCAUUCAAAUGGGCAAUGGCACAGGCUAUACUUGAUGAAAGAAGGACAACACAAUUAUUUAUUGUACAUAUCGUUGACAAGAUGAGAGUAGGAGUGUGCGAUAAAUACCUAGAACAGAGGAAGGAGUUGGGUAUUAAAGGAAUGGAGGCCUAUACCAAAGAGAUGGAAUCAAUGAGGAUACCAUUUGAUGUGGAAGUGAUCGAGACGACCAGGUCUACAAAUCAAGUGAUAUGCGAGUUUGCCGAGAAACACAAGGUGGAUAUGUUGAUCGUUGGACAUGAUAUUGAGAACAAGCCAAUCUUACAUAGAUUGCUUGAUGGACAUCAUGAUACAUACGAAUAUGCUGUAAAACACGCCAACUGUCCAGUACUAGUCUUUAAG